AUGAGGAAGCUAAAGUAUCAUGAGAAUAAGCUUUUGAGGAGGGUGAAUUUUUUGGAAUGGAAGAGAGAAGAGGGUCACAGAGAGAAUAUGGUUAUGCAGCGCUACCAUAUUACUCAACGCGACGAUUAUAAAAAGUAUGCAAGUUUAACACGGAUGAUUCAGAAGUUGGUGAGCGCAGUGAAACAGAUCGACGCCAAGGAUUCCUUUCGAGUUAACAUGACUGAUAACCUUUUGGAAAAACUUUACAACAUGGGUGUGAUUCCAACCAGGCAAAGCAUCACACUAUGUGAAAGCUUAACUGUGUCAUCCUUUUGCAGGAGCUUCAAGACGCAAUUAAAUGGCAGAGAAGGAGUUUCAGCAGGCGAUUCCCGGGGCUUCAUCCCUUUUCAUCUAAGCAGACAUUUCAUUCCUUUUAUCUACGCUCAAACGCAAACCCCAGCGAAGCAAGAAUUGCAUCUCGACACCAUGAACGGAUGGGAAGAAGAGUGUUAG